AUGGAUGACAAAAUAUGUGGAACACUCAUUUCUAUAAGUAACUCGUUUCCCAAUACUUUGGACAAGGAAAGAAACUAUCAAUUUACUAUGAAUAAAAGCAUUUUAAAUGGGUAUUGUAAUAAUAACAUCUGUAGUAAUAAUUUCGAAAAAAUUAAUGCUGGAUGUUUAUAUUUGCUUGAUGCAUUCUUUAAGGAUUCUAAAUUGUUUGAGUCUGUUGCAAAAAGUAACAUAAAAAUUGUUGAAUACAUUAUGAUAUGGUUAAGUAAUAGAUUAAACUUAAUCGAUAAUAAAGAAAACCAGAGUCUAAGUUUUUUUUAUGAUAUAUAUAUAAAGAAUGAUAAUAAGUAUAAAAAUCCUAUAAACAAAAUUGAAGGUUGUAGUAAUUAUAAGGAACUUAUAGAUAAAACUAAUAUGAUGAAUAUGAAAAUUAAAGAUAUAUCUAAAUUAUAUGAUGCAUUUAUUACAUUAUGUAUGAUGUAUAUUGAAUUUGAUGAAAAUAGUCCAAAUUGCAAUAAAUAUUUGGAAGGAGCUAAAAAGUUUGUUGGGCUAUAUAAAAAACUUAAGGACGAUUCUAGUAUUACUGAAAAGAGUUCAUAUGAUAAAUUAUUGUCUACUUUAUUAAAUGAUUAUAAUAAUUUUAUAGAUAAAUGUAAUGGUGUUAAUUGCACAAAUCUUCCAUCCCUUCAAACGAUAGAAAACAAACAACUUCAUGUACAUAGUUCUGGACAAAUUUCUGAAGAUCCAUCAUCAAGUUCGUCGAUAACAAGCAAAUUAUUUACAGUUUUAUCAAUAUUUGGUGCAAUAGCAUUUUUUUUAGGAAUUUCUUAUAAGUAUUCGUUAUUUGGAUUUAGGAAACGAUUUCAAAAACAUUUAAGAGCAAAGCUAAAAAAAUAA